AUGGCUAAUGAGAACUACACACAGAUCACAGAAUUCGUUUUCGUCGGCUUGAAGUAUCACCCUAAGCUUCAGGUGUUCCUUUUCUUGCUCUUUUUGCUUUUUUACCUCGUUACUAUGACAGGGAACUUGGGCAUGAUUACUCUGAUUCGCAUCGAUUCCCGUCUUCACACACCCAUGUACUUUUUCCUCAGCCACCUGUCAUUUGUGGAUAUCUGUUUUUCAUCAGUCGUAGGUCCCAAGAUGCUCACUGACUUCUUUGCAGAGAGGAAAACCAUCUCUUUCUUGGGUUGUGCCUUGCAGCAGUGGUUCUUUGGUUUCUUCGUGGCCGUUGAGUGUCUCCUGUUGGCGUCCAUGGCCUAUGACCGCUAUGUGGCCAUCUGUAACCCACUGUUGUAUUCAGUCUCCAUGUCCCAGAGACUCUGUGUUCAGCUGGUGGUAGGACCCUAUGCAGUAGGUUUCUUCAACACCAUGACUCACACAACAGGUGCCUUCCGGCUCCCCUUUUGUGGCUCCAACAUUAUUAACCAUUUCUUCUGUGACAUGUCUCCCAUCCUUUCCCUCAUUUGUGCUGACAUCUGGAUAAAUAAACUGUUAGUUUUCAUUGUGGCAGGAGCUGUCUUGGUGGUCAGCAGCACCACCAUAAUAGUCUCCUACUUCUACAUCCUUGUCGCCAUCCUGAAGAUCCGCUCUGCAGAGGGGAGGCGGAAAGCCUUCUCCACCUGCUCUUCCCACGUCACAGCGGUUUCCAUUUUGUAUGGGACACUCUUCUUUAUCUACGUGCGGCCAAGCGCCAUUUCUUCUCUGGACCUCAAUAAGGUGGUGUCCGUGUUCUACACGGCUGUGAUCCCCAUGCUGAACCCUCUCAUCUACAGCCUGAGAAACAAAGAGGUGAAAGCGGCCAUGGGUAGGACGAUCACCAAGAGCAAGCUUUUCAUCAAAAAUUAA